AUGUCAUCAUCCUCCAUCGGGACCGGUCGCCCUGUACUCCAGGAGAAGGCUCUCUCCCGACAAGCUAUCGAUGACAACCGCGCCACUCUCCUCGAGGGCUCGGGCCGUGACGUCCAACGCCCCACGUCCCACGGUGGAAAAAACGCCCACAACACCGUUCAGCAGCCCAAGUGCCCCCAGUUUCUCAUUGAUGGCGUGACAUGCAUCACGUCUAAUUACCCACCCCCACUGGACGAAUAUACGCGUUUUAGUCCCUACACCGUAGGGCUACACCUACAUCAAGAAGACUGCAAUAACGAGUUCAAGCUCAAGCAACCCACGCAAAACUUCAUUCGAUUCGAGUACUGCAUCGAAUCCUUCCAUUACCCCGUCCACGUCUGCCAGGAGCCCACAAUGUUUCAGGCUGAUAUUAUGAGGAAGAUGGAGUGGCACAUUCGACUCCGCCACUUCUUUGUCGACCUAGACCAGCAGCUUGAAGAGCUCGAGGACUACCUCUCCAUGUCCUCCUCCUCCUCCUCCUCCUCCUCAUCUUCUUCUGCCAACAACAACAACCUGGACGUGAACACGAACCUCACAGACACCGCCGCCCUAGCCAACUGGACCUCCUACGAACUCCCGGACAAUGCGGCCGGCCCAUCCUACUUCCCCUUGGUCGACCGCCGUGACCUUGAUCGGUUCACCAACCUCCGGUACUGCCGACGGUUUAACGGGGAGGGAAAGUGGCUGACGGGUCGCUGGCUCGUAGUCGCCUACGUUUUUGCCUCUACGUACGAAGCCGCUUGUAAGCUGGACGUCAAAGCCCUGUUAUCACCGGGCUGCUCCGGUACCGUGACCACUGCCCAUGGUACAGGCUCAGGUACAGGUACAGGUACAAGUACCCACUAUAAUACUGACACCAUGCUGGCUCUCCAUGCCAUCUCCUGGGCCCCGCAAAGCCGCAUUCGUAGUGGUAACGAUCCGGCGAUCGGCAGAUUUUACCAGCUUGAGCGGAGGCGGAAGAGGGCAUCGGAGUUUUACAUCUAUCGGUACGACGGUGGCGGCGGCGGCGACCAAACAUCAGGAAAGCAGAGGAAGAAGAAGAAGAUUGGCGCAACCACGACAACCUCAACCUCAACCCCCACUGUUGUGGAAACCGAAGACAAGGCUGACACCACUAUCACUACCAUGACUACGACCACGAAGAAGACCGAUAUUGUGGAGGUUGAGGAGACGGGAACCAGCAGCAGCGGCGCGGAAAAGGAAACGGAGAUGUUCCCUACCGUCUACUACGACCCCUACCAGAGAAAACGCAGACCGGACCAGAUACUUGUCGAUGCUGCCCCUGCCGGAGUACCUAUCCCCCAGGAACUCGAGGACCGUUGCCAUCUCAUUGAUCGACUGUGGCCGGCUUUGAUGACGGGUCAGUACAUCCAGCAGGCGACGACGGAUAGUGACGACCUUGAGUGGGAUUGGAUCGAUGAUUGGUCCAAUACUUCUACCGAGUGA